AAGCCGCGUUAUCUGAUGUCCAUUAUUGUCUAUAGCACUGAAAGAGUUCAUCUAAAGCCCUGACCUACAUUUAUCACUGAAAGUGUGAAGAAACAUUCCCAGAAAUCGUGAUUCAUUGCUGAAACAAUUGUUCAUUGUAUGUAGUACCGGGAUUCGCCUGUGGUGGCACUGCAGCGUGGAAUCCUGCGGCGGCACUAACACUGUUCAAAACUACAAAAGAAAAAAGUACCCAAAAAAAUGUCAUUCGACUUUAUUUAUUGUGGCGAAUAAAGGACAUUUGUAAGACACGUUACAUUUGGAGAGAAGUUAACAAAGUAAGACGGAAAAAGUUUUGCGUUUGCAUGUCAGUAGACCGCCAUUUUGGAUGGACGUACGGUACACCGUCAUUGACAAAUUUACAACUCGAAGUGUUGGGUUGUGGGCUGCAAGACCGGAUACCUGUCCCACCACGCAGCCGUCCAGGAGCAGGCAACCUAGGGGACGCCACUGAGUCUUCACAAACUGUGGUCCUUAAGGGCAAAACCUUUUCCUACACCAACCCCUACACCGACGGCAACAAGCAUAUCUUCAUCUACUUUGACCCCGUACACCUUUGGAAGAACAUCUACAGCAGCUUCCACAGCAACGCCUGUAUGGUGCUGACCAGGUGUCCUGGGGCUGAAGAGCCUGAGAGGAUGAGGACGGCCCUAUUCUCGAGCUGGAAGGUGCUGGCCAGGUGGGAGAACUACAAGUCUGUCAAGGCCAGCUACAAGUUUACCCAGAAGGUGCUGGCGCGCUCUUCGAUCGAGAAGCAGAGCAUCGGGCUCAUCAUGGCGGUCGUCAACCACAACACGGUCACCAGGCUGAGGCUCCUCGCCAUGACCAGGGUCAAGGAGGAACACAGCCGACAUCCUGUAGAUGUUCCAGAAGACAAGGGAGAGCUGGAGAUGGGCCGGGCGGUCCUCAAGGGCCAUCUCUCCCCAUGGCCCACAUGGCAUCCUUUGGAAUGUUACUGUGGGACUCCCUGAUGUGCAGGAAGCACAAGAGCACCUGCUGGAGUUCCUGGCGGUCCCCCUUCAACUUUUCUGGUGCGAACUUCUCCAAGGAUGUGACUUCAGAAGCGAGGAAGAACAAGGCCUUUGAGUGGCCGACCGACAGGAAAAGGAGCAGAGUCAAGGAGGGCAGAAAGGAGAUGGCGAGGAACGGGGACUUGUACAAGUCGAGGAAGCUGACCAGAAAACGCAAGGCAUAGAAAAAGGCUAUGUGAUUGUUGAAAGACGAGGCUCACAUCCUGGUAACACCACAACGAUUGUUUGCACUGCCUGAAUUAUAAGACUACCUAAUACCCAUUUCAUAUUUAUGUUUAUUUAGAUUUCAUACUUUAUACUUGCAAGUCACUUUGAGAUUUUAACUAACAGUAUCUUACCCUGCACUGUAAAGGGGGAUGCUCCACAAUUUCAUUGUACAACUGUAUAAUGACAAUAAAGGGCUAUUCUAUUCUAUAAUAAGUUGUGAUUGUAUAUAUAAUUUAGGGCUGUCCCAAACGACUAAUUUUCUCCCGAUUAGU